AUGUACGGCGAGCUGCACUCCUCCCUGGAACACAAGGUCAAGACCUCCCAGCGGUUGCUGGACAAACUUCAGCAUCGAGCACAAUCAGUAGAGAACUCCCUUCAGCAUACGAGGCAGACAUUGAUGAAGUUAGAGGAUGCCUUGGUGGCCAAAGAUGCGCCACUCACCCUGUGCACUUGGCGAAUGGAGCAACGCGAGCGUCGGCCCUUGAAAGAGCAGGUCCGUGACGGCGUGGAGGUGUGCCUGGAGGUGGAGAAGGCCACAUUGAUCGAUGCUCAACGAAAGUUGAAGGAAUUUAUCAAGAAGACAAAAGCCACCAUCCAUGCGCUGGAGAGCAAAUUGGACGAGCUGCGCCAUGAUAUCCAACAGAAGACCCAGGCAUUGUCGGUGGACGAAUUAUGUCUCCGCACGACUUCACGUAGCCUGGAGACCGUGGCAGACCGUAAUGCCUACAUGGCAGCCCGUAGUGGCACCCCAAACAGCCGCAACUUGCCACCACCUUCCCAUGCGCGCCGGCGAACUCAAGGAGCACAGGCUGCCAGGCAUGAAGUCUCAGCACAUGAAAGCGCACGCAACGAGGUGGUGAGACAACAAGAGGCGUUGCGGCUUAACCAAUCGGCAGUUCACCGCGAGGAAGCGGCCAAGGAGCUGCGUGACGAGGCACAGAAGCUGAUCCAACGCACACAGCGGAGUGCAGAAGAGGCCACGAUGAAAUCCGACAAGUCCAUGAAAGAACGGGUGAAUGAAAACCAGCAUGUCAGGAGACGUUUGGAGACGGAACUGCGAGAAACUUGCCAUCAGAUUAACCUCACAAAGACUACAAUCCAUGACACAAAGACACAAAUCAGGUCCUUAGAAGAGCCUAUGGAGUUGACCUCCACAUGCGCAUCCUGGCGAAAGCAGCGCGCUGCCAAGGAGCACAUCCAAGAUCCAGUCACCACGACCUUGCAGGAGCAUCAGAUGACAUUGCUGAAAUGUCAUGAGGAUCUCCGUCAGCACCAUCAGAACGAGAAGAGCAUCCUUCAAGAGCUGCAGGAGAAGAAGGAGCAGCUCAAAGAGGACCUCCGUGACAAGACCUGCGCUCUACACAUCGAUUUGAACUGCCUCACACACGAGGCCACCUGCCUUAAUGGCAAGCCUAGCCCGGCCAUCAGUCGGCAACGGUUGCCGAAGGCUAUGAAGUUCGGCGUAACUGGGAAGGGUCGUGGCAGCAGCGCAGUGGAGAUGCUGAACGCUGGGCCUUUGAGACCUACAGUGGAGCGAAAGCCGAAGCAGUCAGAGGGUGUGAUGCCUGGAGAACCUGAAGGGAGGAGGACAGGGAUCAACCUCUGCCGUCGAUGGACUUAUGCGGAGAGGGCGACCCGAAUCCUCAAGUUGACCAACCUCUGCCGUCGAUGGAUUUAUACGGAGGGGAAGGUGCUGGCGGCCUUGCUGAAGAUUCUAUGCGCACAGCUUUUGAUGUUUGGCAUCGUCUCAUUGAAGUCGAUGUUGCACAUCGAGGGGGAGGAGUGGGGUUCCAGUUUUGAUUUUCCACAUGGUUUGGGUGAAGGCAUGGAUGCCGCUGAGGAGACUGAUGGCGACGCCGAUUCAGCAACCAUUUGGGCUUGCGGAGCUGUGCUGAUGGCCUUUGGGGCAAUCUACGUUGGGCAGUUAGCCGUGCGAACUAUGCAUUGCUGCCUGAGACGAUUGCAGGGGCCUUCACAAAGCUUUGAAGAGGAUAAUCGCCGAAGUUUUCACGGUGAAGCUGAAACUGAAGGAGGAGACCGGAUCAGAGUCAAGCGCGGCAAAGGCUCAUCUUCCUCUCAAAGGGGCUCUACGACUUUGAAUAUAACGAUACAGUCGGGCUCGCAGCAUGAUGAUGGCUUGGCGACUUCACCUUUGCCGAGCAGUUCUGCGGGCGAUCUAAUGAGUGGUACUGGCGCUGUAUGCUCCGCUACCACGCGUGGCUCUGGAACUAUGGGGCGCAAGUCUGGGGUGGCUGUGCAUGGUUCAUCGCAUGGUGAGCGUGCAGCCGGAUCUAUGUCCAGCUCUUGCCCUUCAACGUCGGGCUUGGCAAGCGCUGCUGAAGCUGCUGAAUCUUCGCCUUCAAGGUCGGGCUCUGCAGGUGCCGUAGGUGGACCCAACAUUCGUUCCAAACCCGGGGCAUGCGAUGAUCGUGCAGAUGCCAUUGACUGCUCGAUAGCUUGUCAAGGCCAUUCCAAAGAAGACAUGGAAGCAAAGCACGACGCGCUGUCUGCCCACACUUCACAUGUCAGGGAGGUGUAUUCCAAGAAGGACAUGAUUCGAGUGGAGCUCGCUGGGAGGAAAUCCUGCUCUGCUCUGCUCAGAGAGAUUGUGCAACAUCCGCUCUUCGAUAUUUUCUUUGCAACAGUGGUGACUACAAAUGCAGUUUUCGUCGGUCUUGAUGUGGAGAUGGGUAUCCAGGAUCCGACAUCACGGCCCAUUGGCAUGGAUAUCGCGCAGUACACAUUUACAGCGCUGUUCACCCUGGAACUUGGGCUUCGAUUUGCUGUUGGAGGCCUGUGCGGCAUGAUGUUCUCUGAAGAUUGCAUGUGGACUGUUCUGGACAUAGUUGUCGUGGCUUCUUCGAUUUGGGAGAUUGUGCUGCGCAUCAUCUUCACGAUCCAGGCUCAAGACUCAGGCGAUACCAGCAUCAGUGGCCUCUCCAGCCUCAAGGCUUUUCGCAUCAUUCGGCUGACGCGAAUCUUAAAGACGGCCCAGCUGGUAAGGAUAUUCCGAUUUGUCAUGGCCCUGAGGAAAAUUGUGCAAUCGGUGCUCCAUACCUUGAAACAUUUGCUGUGGGCAAUGCUGUUGCUUCUGCUGAUUGUUUAUGUUUUUGCUGUACUUUUUGUCCAAGCUGUGAAUGACUACGUGAUGGACAAUCAAUAUUUGCCGGAAAGAGAGAUGGCUGCCAGCAAAAUAUAUUUUGAUUCCUUGAUAGAGACAAUGUUGACAUUAUUUAUGAGCAUUGCAGGCGGAGUGAGCUGGGAGGAGCCCAUCAGCACUCUGAAGGAGAUCUCAGGUUGGUGGAUACUUGGCUCUGGCUAUGCUAUAGAGAGCGCGCAGAACGACCAUGCAAACGUGGUCCAAAACAUGCUUGACAACAAGGAGUCGCAUUUACAAAAAUUGCGAGAACUUUUCAGCAAACUGGGCGACGAGUCCAGUGGUGCUAUUACUUACGGGGUCUUCGAAGAAAAAAUCCAAUCUCCGGCUGUACGUGAUUAUUUCGAAACCUUGGGCCUCGAUGUUUGGGAUCCAUGGGCCUUCUUCAAGUUGUUAGAUGCUGACGGAGGAGGAAGUGUAGAGAUAGAAGAGUUUUUUCUGGGUUGCCUCCGAUUCAGUGGCCAAGCACGUGCCAUGGAUGUGGGAAAAAUUAUCCAGGACCAGUCCUGGAUGAUGAAGAAUCAAGGUAGAUUCCAAAGCUACAUGGAAGUGGAACUUGGCAAACUUCGGGAGGAUAUGGCGAGCUUUAUGGCAACGGGCCCUGGCCCGCCAGUCUCUACAGCCAUGAUUUGA